AUGAAACUCUACGCCAUUUCAGACCUUCAUCUCAGCUACAAGCACAACCGCGAAGCCCUGUACGACCUGAGACCUCACUUGGACGACAGCCUGAUUAUUUGUGGCGACGUUGGAGAAAAGAUUGAGCAUCUCCACGAAGCAUUCAAGAUCACCACGAAACUCUUCAAACAAGUUUUCUGGGUGCCCGGCAACCACGAGCUGUAUACGCUGCCGGGCCACAGCAACCGGGGCGAGGGACAUGAGGAGGAUGCUCUGGACGAGGAACUUCGAGGAGAUUUCAAGUAUCAGGAAUGUAUCCGGGUCGCUAAUGAGUACGGCGUCAUCACGCCGGAGGAUGAGUAUGUGAAGUGGGAAGGAGAAGGUGGUCCCUGCAUUAUUUGUCCGUUGUUUACACUCUACGACUACAGUUUCAGGCCUGAUGAUGUGUCGAGAGAAGACGCCUUGGAAUGGGCCAUGGAGGAGAACAUUGUUGCGACGGACGAGGCACUGCUCCACCCCGAUCCGUAUCUGUCGCGGGAUCUAUGGUGCGAGGACCGUGUCGCUAGGGCCGAAGAACGACUGGAGGCGACGUCACAAAGAGGUAUCCCUCUGGUGCUGGUCAACCACUGGCCGCUGCGCCAAGACACCAUCACAAUCCCCUUGAUUCCCCGCUUCAGCUUGUGGUGCGGGACCAAGAAGACCGAGGACUGGCACACGCGAUUCAACGCCAAAGUGGUGGUGACGGGUCAUUUGCACGUUCGCCGGACGGACUGGAGGGAUGGCGUCAGAUUUGAGGAGGUCAGUUUGGGGUACCCGAAGCAGUGGCAGGUAGCACGGGAGAAGGGGCUGGAUGUCAACGACCUGCUAAGGGAGAUCUUACCCGCACCAGACAUGCAGGAUCCUGGUGAUGGCAAGACGAUUUGGAGAAGGUCUGGAAAACCGUCGACAGAUCUUGUUAAGAGCAUAAAGGGGCUCGAGUAG